AUGGUCACCCAAGAAGAGCGCGAUAUUUUGCGUGCAGAGCUACGCUCUCGUGGUAAUAACCUAUCAGUCGCCGAUCGCGAGAAUUUGAUUAAACCAUACCUUCCUGAUCCCGCCGACCUACCACAGACACGUCCCAGAGCCUCGACCAACUCCCGGCGGCAAAAGACUCGCAAGACCCCAAUUCGCACUUUUGUCAAGUCGCAGAUUCAUCACCUUACCUACGCUCUCACUCACAUUAUCUAUGGAAUCAUCGUGCGCUUGCUUCAAGCCUACCAUGCUGUUGUCGACCGGAUCUUCGCGGUCGUUUACCACCACCACCGGACGCCUGAGUUGAUCCGAAAGGAUGUUCGGGGAUUGAAACGAUUGCCCCAGCAUCUGAGUAUUAUCCUGACAUUGCGGACCGAGGAUGAUGCGUUAGCAGUCUUGAUGGAUGAGGUAGCCGAGCUGACAGCUUGGAGUUCUUGUGCGGGGAUUUCACAGCUCAGUAUAUAUGAGAAGACAGGUGUCUUGAAAUCCUGUAUCCCUGCUCUGCAUCAAAUCAUUACCACCAAGCUCGCAUCCUACUACGGUUCACCCUCGCAGCAGCCGUCUCUGCAGCUCUUUGCCCCUCACCACCCCAUCUACGGUACCACCAGCUCCAAAUCUGAGGUGCCUCCCUUGACCCUACUGCUACUCUCCGCCACCGACGGCCGAGAGACCAUGGUGGAUCUGACCAAGACCCUAGCCGAGAUGUCCCAGAAUGGAAAGCUGUCUCCGGAGGAUAUCACCCCAGAGCUGGUGGACGCAGAGCUCAGCGAAAUCACUUCUCAGCCACUCCAGCCCGAGGGGAGAUCGGACCGUACAGCCAAUAUCAUCAGCCCCGAGCCUGAUCUAUUGCUGAUCUUUGCACCAUAUUUGAAAUUGGAUGGAUACCCGCCAUGGCAGAUCCGCCUGACCGAGAUGUACUGCACUGGGGACCGCAGUCAUGGAGUAGCUGGGUAUGGUGAGGCAGUGGAGUAUCAGGGUUUCAUGCGGGGAUUGUGGCACUACGCUGGAGCUCAGAUGCGGUUUGGACGUUAA